AUGAAACUCCACCUGUCGGAAGUUGCAGCCUCCGACUAUUUUUAUUACUCAUUAUUAUUCGGUGCCAUGGUUUUUGUAAGCCUAUUCUUAGCAGCACUUUGCUGCAGUUCCGUUAUAUCCGCUGAAUCAGAUCGAAGACGUGUGGCUAAUCCUACCUAUUAUAAUGUUGGCGGAGUUCUUUCCAGUAAUGAGUCCAUCGCGUUCUUCAAAGAUACGAUUUCGAAACUUAAUUUCAAAGAUACAUACGUGCCCCGUGGAGUCACUUACCAUGAUUACUCGAUCCUCAUGGACCCAAACCCAAUAAAGACUGCACUCAAUGUCUGUAAAGACCUCAUUGCUCACCGAAUCUAUGCAGUCAUCGUUUCCCAUCCCUUAACAGGAGAUUUAUCCCCUGCGGCCGUCUCAUACACUUGUGGCUUCUAUCUCAUACCAGUUAUAGGCAUAUCGUCAAGAGAUUCUGCUUUUUCCGAUAAGAACAUUCACGUAUCAUUUCUAAGAACAGUACCACCAUAUUCACACCAGGCUGAUGUGUGGGUCGAUGUCUUAAAACAUUUCAACUACAUGAAAGUAAUUGUUAUACAUAGCUCUGAUACGGACGGUAGAGCUAUUUUAGGAAGAUUCCAAACUACGUCUCAAAGUAUCGAUGAAGAUGUAGAUAGAAAAGUUGUGGUGGAACAGGUGAUUGAAUUUGAACCAGGAUUAGAUUCUUUUAGUGAAAAACUUAUCGAAGUAAAGAGUGCACAAGCAAGAGUAUUUCUUAUGUAUGCUAGUAAAACUGAUGCUGAAAUAAUAUUUCGUGACGCCACAUAUCUAAAUAUGACGACAACGGGCUACGUGUGGAUGGUUACAGAGCAAGCAUUAGAUGCAGCAAACGCACCCGAAGGUCUCCUCGGUCUACGACUGGUGAAUGCUACUAACGAGCAUGCUCACAUUCAGGACUCCAUAUAUGUCCUUGCAUCCGCCAUUCGUGAUAUGAACACAUCAGAAGAAAUCAGCACACCACCCUCUGAUUGUGAUAGCACUCGGUCUAUAUGGACAACAGGACGCCUAUUAUUCGACUAUGUAAGAAGACAGAGGUUGGAAAAUGGUGCAACAGGGCACGUAGCAUUUGAUGACCAUGGUGAUAGAGUUCAUGCUGAAUAUGAUAUGGUCAAUGUUAGAGCUCAAGGUGAACACGUGGCUGUCGGGAAGUAUUUUUACUCCAAAGAAACUCAAAAAAUGCGUCUAGAGCUUAAGGAAUACGAAAUUAUAUGGAUGGGUCGUAGUCCGUCGAAACCAGAAGGUUUUAUGAUACCUACGCAUUUAAAGGUACUAACCAUCGAAGAAAAACCAUUUGUUUACGCUCGUCGGGUUUAUGAUGAAACUGAUUGUACAUCAGAGGAAAUAUUUUGCCCUCAUUACAACUCCAGUGAUGAUUCGGAUCGACUGUAUUGCUGCAAAGGCUUUUGUAUGGACCUUCUACAAGAAUUAUCAAGAUCGAUCAAUUUUACCUUCUCACUGGCCCUCUCACCUGACGGCCAGUUUGGAGAUUAUAUAAUUCGCAACUAUUCACAACCUGGAGCCAAAAAAGAAUGGACGGGAUUAAUUGCUGAAUUAGUGUAUGAAAGAGCAGACAUGAUAGUAGCUCCUUUAACAAUUAACCCAGAGAGAGCUGAAUUUAUUGAAUUUAGCAAACCUUUUAAAUAUCAAGGCAUUACUAUUUUGGAGAAAAAGCCAUCACGUUCAUCAACUCUUGUAUCGUUCUUGCAACCAUUUUCAAACACGCUGUGGAUAUUAGUCAUGGUUUCAGUACAUGUGGUAGCUUUAGUACUAUACCUACUAGACAGAUUCUCUCCUUUCGGAAGAUUUAAGCUUGCUAAUAUUGAUGGCACUGAAGAGGAUGCUCUGAAUCUAUCUAGUGCGAUUUGGUUUGCUUGGGGAGUAUUGUUGAAUAGUGGAAUUGGAGAAGGUACUCCUCGUAGUUUUUCGGCGCGUGUUCUUGGCAUGGUUUGGGCUGGCUUUGCAAUGAUAAUUGUUGCUUCUUAUACUGCCAACCUCGCUGCUUUCCUCGUGCUCGAGAGACCUAAAACAAAACUGACUGGAAUAAAUGAUGCAAGGCUUCGUAAUACAAUGGAAAAUCUAACUUGUGCCACGGUAAAGGGGUCUGCAGUAGACAUGUACUUCCGUAGACAAGUAGAGUUAUCAAACAUGUACCGUACGAUGGAGGCCAAUAAUUAUGAUAAUGCUGAACAGGCGAUUCAAGAUGUUAAAAAUGGGAAAUUGAUGGCUUUCAUCUGGGAUUCCUCGAGGCUUGAGUUUGAAGCAGCACAAGAUUGUGAAUUAGUAACUGCUGGAGAAUUAUUUGGUCGAUCUGGUUACGGCGUCGGUUUACAAAAAGGCUCUCCAUGGGCAGAUUUAGUUACACUAGCUAUAUUGGACUUUCAUGAAAGUGGCGUUAUGGAAUCAUUUGACAAUAAAUGGAUUUUAGGAAACAAUAUGCUCAACUGUGAAGAGAACGAGAAGACUCCAAACACUUUAGGCUUGAAAAAUAUGGCGGGAGUGUUCAUACUGGUCCUAGCAGGCAUUAUAGGUGGCAUAGUUCUCAUCGUGAUAGAGGUGGUGUACAAACGACAUCAAAUUCGCAAACAGAAGAGGAUGGAGCUGGCGCGUCACGCAGCCGACAGGUGGCGCGGCGCCGUUGAGAAACGGAAAUCCAUGCGAGCUUCUAUUCUUCCGUCACAGCGUCGUGCGAAGUCUAAUGGCGUGAAAGAAACUGGAAGCAUCAGUUUGGCUGUGGAUAGAGGAGUAAGAAGACGUGAUGAACCACGUAUACCGCGCUACAUGCCAGCUUAUACUCCUGACGUCUCCCACCUUGUAGUU